UAAUAGUAACUUUUUGCCUGCUGUCAAUACCAGUCCCCACAAACAAUUUCGUUUCCUUUUCCAUGUGGCAUGGUGUCGGCGUAAGGUGAGCCAAGAUGCAGAUUUUCGUCAAAACCCUCACGGGUAAGACCAUCACUCUUGAGGUCGAGCCCUCUGAUACCAUCGAGAAUGUGAAAGCCAAGAUCCAGGAUAAGGAGGGAAUCCCUCCAGACCAGCAGAGGUUGAUCUUCGCCGGUAAACAGCUGGAAGAUGGCCGCACCCUCUCAGACUACAACAUCCAGAAGGAGUCCACGCUCCACUUGGUGCUCCGCCUGCGUGGUGGUGCCAAGAAGCGCAAGAAGAAGAAUUACUCUACUCCCAAGAAGAUCAAGCACAAGAAGAAGAAGGUCAAGCUAGCCGUACUUCGGUUCUACAAGGUUGACGAGAACGGCAAGAUCCACCGUUUGAGGCGAGAGUGCACGGGCGAGCAGUGCGGCGCUGGUGUGUUCAUGGCCGUGAUGGAGGACCGUCACUACUGCGGCAAGUGCCACAGUACCAUGGUCUUCAAGGACGACGAUAGACCUUAAGUUAGCAUAAGACCUUAUCGCUCAGACUGCUGUGUAUGAUGGAUUUGUAAUAAAUCUUGACACAGUGUCCGAGUUAA